GGCGGGCGCGGCGCGGGCAGGGAGGACGCACCGCACGCGGCCCCGCACACCCGGCCUGGGCGCAGCGCUCGGAGCCCCGCCCGCGGCCGAGCGGGAGCGGCGGUCCCCGGAGCCCCGGCCACGCGGGACCAGGUGCCCAGCCCUCUGCUGAGUCUGGUACACUCCCGGUCCCCAGGGCUGGAGGGACCCCGGUGCCUGAGACCUUCUCCCAGGGCUCCGCGUGAACAUCCUAUCAUGAAGGGAGGAACCAGCUGAAUGCGCGGAAGCCCGUCGGGGCCCCGGGACUUGGGCAGAAGACAAUUCCUCUCCUCCCCUCAGAACUUCUCGGAGACUGCUCUGCCAUGACCACGGCGCGGUACCGGCCCACGUGGGACCUGGCCCUUGACCCGCUGGUGUCGUGCAAGCUGUGUCUCGGGGAGUAUCCAGUGGAGCAGAUGACGACCAUCGCCCAGUGCCAGUGCAUCUUCUGCACUCUGUGCCUGAAACAGUACGUGGAGCUCUUGAUCAAAGAAGGACUAGAAACCGCAAUCAGCUGCCCCGAUGCCGCCUGCCCUAAACAGGGCCGCCUGCAGGAGGACGAGAUUGAGUGCAUGGUUGCCGCCGAUAUUAUGCAAAGAUACAAAAAACUACAGUUUGAAAGAGAAGUGCUCCUGGACCCCUGUCGGACUUGGUGCCCGGCGUCCACCUGCCAGGCUGUGUGCCGGCUCCAGGACAUGGGCCUGCAGAGCCCACAGCUGGUGCAGUGCAAAGCUUGUGCCAUGGAAUUCUGCUCUGCCUGCAAAGCCAGGUGGCACCCUGGCCAAGGCUGCCCGGAGACCAUGCCGAUCACCUUCCUUCCCGGAGAGACCAGCUCUGCUUUCAAACUGGAGGAGGACGACGCACCCAUCAAACGCUGUCCCAAGUGCAAGGUCUACAUCGAGCGGGACGAGGGCUGCGCCCAGAUGAUGUGUCGGAACUGCAAGCACGCCUUCUGCUGGUACUGCCUCGAGUCUCUGGACGAUGAUUUCCUUCUGAUCCAUUACGAUAAAGGACCCUGCAGGAAUAAGCUGGGCCAUUCCAGGGCGUCUGUCAUCUGGCAUCGGACACAGGUCGUGGGCAUUUUUGCUGGAUUUGGGCUCCUGCUAUUGGUGGCCUCGCCUUUCCUGCUCUUGGCCACUCCAUUUGUACUUUGCUGCAAGUGUAAGUGCAGUAAAGGUGACGACGACCCAUUACCCACCUAGAGGAAGGCACGAUGCUGGAACAAGACCCUGCCUCUGGGAAGCGUGGCUCUCCCCCACCCCGCCCCACGGUCCCCUCUCACUAAACAUCUUUCUUGCCUUAUGUGCCCCAUUGAGCUUCACAGUGUCACGCUGGAUGCCGUGAUUUCAGGGACUAAUGUCAGAACUUCUGCUGAGGCCCUGGGGGCAGUCACCUGGGUAUGGGGAAGGCAGGUUGGCGUGGGGAGGGCACGUCACCACAAUCCGUCUCUGCCAACUUGACAAGGGAGGUGUUGCACGGAGCGCACCGGGCAGUUUUCUCCCAGUGGGGAUAGACUAGGAGUGUCUGAUGGUUGCUUAAGAGACCCUUUUGUGCAAAAUGUCGUCCGUCUCCUCCUUGGCGUCAAGAUGGUGCCAUGUUGCUGGGAGAAGAAGUCUUUUGAGGAUUGCAACUCACUUCAGACAGAAUCCGAUAAUUCUGACUUGAGAAAAGCACUCUGUUUAUGACAACUGUUUUUAUUACUAAUGGCAUUUAGUAAAAUCCUUUUUUAGAGGGCGUU